AUGUUCCUUCAUAUUAGCCUCUAUUUUGAUCCAUUUGACUCAUCAACUAUAUUUAUCAUUCCACACUCAACAAAACACCCCAAAAUGGUCUCAAUCACCAACGGCCACCCAGGGAGCGUCAACACCCGGAACAAAGCCAUAUUGAGCAUCUUCGCCGUAAUGGCCGGCAGCUGGAUGCUCUUCCGCGCUCAGUCGCCGAAUAAAGAGGACAUCCUGUUGUCGAAGGCGGAUGUUGAUACUACAUUGAAGGGACAGACGACUAGCGGGAAGUCGGGAAGGUCGAUGGCACAUCAGGAUCAAGAUUGA